AUAAGCACCAUUGAAUCACAGUGUCAUCUUUAUGGCGCACUUAUGCUACCCGUAUAGUUAAAAAUGCUUUUAUUAUUGUUUCAUAAUGUAAAUAGUUGAAGAAUAAGUAUCAUAGUUUAUGCCAGUCAUUGCUAACUUACCCAAGUUAGCUAGCUUUCUCCUAACAUUUCUUAACCGCAGUCCUCAGUUGUAAAUCAAAACAAUGACUUCCGCCUCUACUAAGGUUGGUGAGAUCUUUUCUGCAGCUGGAGCUGCUUUCACAAAACUGGGAGAGUUAACCAUGCAGCUGCAUCCAGUGGCCGAUAUUAGUCCAGCAGGGCCACAAGUGAAGACAACUGUCAAGAGGAAGAUUUAUGAAGAUGGUGGAAUUCCUUUAACCACCGAUUCACCAAAGAAGAGUACGAAAAAGGUGCCAGUUUCUAUGGCUCCCCCUGCCCCACCGAAAGUCAUCGCUGUGCCAACAUCUCAGGUUGUGGUGACUGCAGGUUUACAGCGCCCAACCACAGGUGCAUCUAGCAUUAAGUCAUCAAAAACAGCAGAUGUCACUCUGAGUGCACUGAAUGACUCUGAUGCCAACAGCGAUCUGGUAGAUAUCGAGGGGUUGGGUGAUAGUUCCACAUCUAAAAAGCUAAAUUUUGAUCAAGAUAGUCUAAAUCUUGACUCCAGUCUCAUCAUGAAUUCCAGCGACUUGCCAUUGUUAUCCCGUUGAAAUCUUCUGCAACAUACUAUCAGGAAAUUGAACUAAUAUUUUCACUUCAGUAAAGGAGCAAGAAACUUGCAUUUUCUUAAUCUGGUGAAAAUGUUUCUUUUUCCAGUAAAAGACUAAUUUCUAAGUUAA